CUAACAAAACAACCAUCUUGCAAGACAUCCACAACACCACGGCUCAAGUGUCACGCGCGGUGAUACAACAGCCCUCGGUCCCCUAGUCUCACCCAGGUCCAAGGCCUCAAGCAGCGCGUCUCACUCCUCGCCUGCAACACUUCUUUUCUCCACCUCCCUUCCAUUGUUGUCAUGUCGGUUCGCAAGUCCCCGCCUCCAUCAGGGCCCGGCAUGGCCCUGGCCAAGCGUGCCCGCGUAGAGGAUGAGGAUGAGGAGACCAACACGAUGACCUUGACUGUCGCCUCGUCGGGCGAGGGACAGCGCAAGAACGCGCUCGUGAGGACGAUCAAGAGGACCAGUGGACUCGAGGCGCCCAUCGUGUCUCUGGCCGGUGCUCAUGGUGGCGAGAUUACCGCGUGCAAGUUUGACCCAUCGGGCCAAACAUUGGCGGCGUGCUCGGUCGACAGGAGUAUCUCGCUGUGGCGAACCUACCCUCCUCAUGAGAACUAUGGUAUUCUGCCCAAUGUUCACAAGCAGGCGAUCCUUGACAUUGCCUACUCGUUGGACUCGGAUGUCAUCUACUCGGGCGGUGCAGAUGGCUACCUGAUCGCUACCGACUUGAAAACGGGCGAGAGGUUAGCGCGCUACGCCGCGCACUUUGGACCUCUCAACUCGAUCGCGGUCACCAUCUCGGGUGGGCGUGAGCUCGUGCUCACCGGCGGCGACGACGGCGUUGUUCGCGUGUGGGACCUGGCUAUCGACUCGAAGGAGCCGGUUGCCGAGUUUGACGAUGGCCGUGACUGCCCCGUGACCGCUGUCGAGUGGAGCGCCGACGGCAACCAGUGCUUCGCGGGUGGUGUCGACAACGAGGUCAAGGUGUGGGAUCUGCGAACAGAGAAGGUGCUGUACUCGCUCCACGGCCACACGGACACGGUCAGUUGUCAUCAGAUCGCGUCACUCAAGCUCUCGCCCAAUGGCCACUACCUCGCGACUUAUGCUCUGGACGCCGCAGUCAUCGUCUACGACGUUCGCCCCUUCUCCUCGGACCCAAUGCGCGUGUACCGAAGCUUGACCGGCGCGCCGGCGGGCUUUGAGCAGGCAUUGAUCCGGGUGGCAUGGUCGAAGCAAGACAAUGGCUCGCGGAUAGCGGCUGGCGGUGGUGACCGUACAGUGACGGUCUGGGAGGUUGAGACGGGAAAGAUCCUGUACAAGCUGCCAGGACACAAGGGCACUGUGACUGGCGUCGACUUCCACCCCAGAGAACCGAUCAUCCUCACUGGGUCCAAGGACUCGAACAUGCUCCUUGGCGAGCUCGACGCGCAGGACUUUUCGUAGAGCAGGGCGAGAGUGUGUGAGGUUUGCGAGAGCGCAUUUGAGUGGAUCAGAGCUACAGCAUGCAGUGUUGCAUUGGA